CUUGACGUGAGCAGGGGACGUUUACGUAAAGUAACCGCUAAACAGAGGUCUCUUGAUGAAAACAGAAAAAUUCUUAACGUAAAACACGUUUAUUAGAUCUUAAACUCAAAGCUUCCAUUUUCUUGAUUUUUGUUUGCUCAAUUUUUUUUUUCCUUCAGAUUAACUUGCACAGGAAUCGAAAGCCUCCGUUUUCUAACCAAGUGUUUUGAAGUGGAAUGGUAGUUACGACCAAGAUUUGUUUGUUUUGUCGAAUUGGGUUUUGACCCAUCAACGAAUUUCUGGUUUCUUUUUGGUUUAUCGAUCAUUGGCGGAGGUGAUGAUAAGGGUGGAAAAGUUCCAGUUCCAAAUUCACUUCUUUGUUCUAAUUUUUGUAAAUCUUCACAAAUACGUGUAUAAUUAUUGAUUAUUUGCUCAAAACUCUAUAGUUGGUAGAAUUUGAUUGUUUUCUCAAAUGAAUUUUCCCUCAUUAAUUCAUAAAAUGGAGAACCCACAAUGAAUUUCUUUACUGAAAGACAACGGUGAUGAAACUCAAGUGAUUGUAUGACAAAGAGAGCUCGCAAUGAGGAAUUUCCUUGGCGAGUUUGUAUUGCCUCUUCUGCUUUUAACAGCUGCUUUACUCAAUUGGAGUUUGAUUUCUCUAGUUGAUUUGUUAGUGUUUCUUGUCAUUCUAUUUAGUGCUCCAAAAAUAGGAUUUCAUUUUUGGAGGCAAUCUUGGGUGCCAUGGUUUAUUAUUUUCUUCUCCUUACUGGCCAUUCUCCCACAAGUGAUAUUCUAUAUCAUUUGGGCAGUUGAGGGUGAUGAUUGGAGUGUAAUAGAUUCUUGGUGGGCGAAGUUACUCGGAUAUGUGAGAGUCCAGCCCUCGAGAUCUCCAUCUGUCAUUUAUUACUUGGUCGUCCAGCUAUUAACAGCUAUUGUUGCUCUAGUUGAAAUCUAUGGGAGUAGGUUUUUUCUAAUUCCAUGGCAAGACUCCUCUUGGGGCCGUUUCUUAUCAUGCAUGGACCAUUUAGGUACCCAUCUUAGAGUUGCUUGCUGCUUGCUAUUGCCUGCUAUUCAGCUGGUUGUGGGAAUUAGUCGUCCCUCCUGGGCUUCUCUACCGUUCUUUAUUUGCAGCUGCGUUGGACUUGUCGAUUGGUCUCUAACAAGCAAUUUUCUGGGCCUUUUCAGGUGGUGGAGGCCUCUUCUAUUGUAUGCGGGCUUCAACAUUGGCCUGCUUUAUGUAUAUCAGCUCCCUAUUGUGUUGCCAAAGACGUUCCAAAUGGUAGCGGACUUCAUUGGGUUCUAUAAAAUAUCUUCCAUCUCAGAGUGGACAGAAAUCUGUUCUGGCCUUUCUCUUCUGGUCUUCUACUACAUGCUAUCCUUUGUGAAAUGCGAUUUAGAGGAAAUGGAUGUUCUUAUGUCCAUGAGAGAAAGCAACUUAACUGAGCAACUUCUUCCCUCAAGACAUUCUUUUUUCGUUCAUGAAUCGAGAUCUGGUGUAAGGCACACCAAUGUUUUAUUGAGGGGAGCUGUUUUUCGGACUUUUAGCAUCAAUUUUUUCACCUAUGGUUUCCCGGUCUCCUUGCUAGCUCUCUCAUUUUGGAGUUUCCAUUUCGCAAGUUUAUGCGCAUUCGGAUUACUUGCCUAUGUUGGCUACAUUCUAUAUGCCUUCCCUUCCCUCUUCCGCUUGCACCGGCUGCAUGGGUUGGUUCUUGUCUUUAUUCUUUUGUGGGCUGCCAGCACAUAUGUUUUCAAUGUGGCAUUUGUUUUCCUGAAUAAGAAACUGCGCAACGACAUGGAGAUAUGGGAAACCGUUGGGUUGUGGCAUUACCCUAUUCCUGGAUUCUUUCUGCUUGCACAAUUUUUUCUUGGAAUUCUUGUUGCCAUGGGUAAUCUUGUGAACAAUUCAGUUUUUCUGUACUUAUCUGAAGCGGAUGGGCAAUCCUUGAAUGAUGAUCAUCUUGUGGAAGAGAAGGAAGAGACGAAAGUAUUGAUCGUUGCUACAAUAGCAUGGGGUCUGCGCAAAAGCUCUCGAGCUAUUACAUUGGCACUGAUAUUUCUUCUUGCCACGAAACCUGGCUUCAUCCAUGCCAUAUAUAUGGUAUUCUUUUUGGUGUACCUAUUGAAUCAUACUGUGAGCCGAGAGGUACGUCAAUCCCUGAUUCUUCUAUGUGAGGCGCACUUUGCACUGUUGUACAUCCUUCAGCUUAAUCUGAUUUCCAAUGCUUUGGAGCAAAAGGGUUCUUUCACCAUGGAAGUCCUGUCACAGUUAGGUCUCAUGGACCAUGCUACUUCCUGGGAUUUCUUGGAAAUAGCUGUACUUGCAUGUUUCUGUGCAGUUCAUAACCAUGGGUUUGAAAUGCUGGUUUCAUUCUCUGCAAUUGUGCAGCAUACUCCCUGCCCCCCGUUCGGAUUUAGCAUCUUGAGUGCCGGUUUGAACAAAUCAGUUCUACUGUCAGUUUAUGCUUCCUCAGUUGCUGGAGAGUGCCAGUCCAAUAACCCUUCUUAUGAGAGAAGAAUAGCAACAUAUCUCAGUGCAAUUGGGCAGAAGUUUCUGUCUGCAUACCGGUCAUGUGGAACCUACAUAGCAUUCCUUACCAUUCUCAUUGCAGUUUAUCUAGUGACACCUAAUUAUAUAUCUUUUGGGUACCUUUUCUUCCUUCUACUUUGGAUUGUUGGGAGACAACUUGUGGAAGAGACAAGAAAGCGCCUAUGGUUUCCCCUUAAAGUGUAUUCGCUUAUAGUGUUUAUCUUCAUCUAUAGCUUGAGCAUUUUCUCCAGCUUCGAGACAUGGUUGUCUGGGAUAAUGAAUCUUUAUCCUGACUUGGGCUAUAACCCGGAUGCCUCAUUAUUGGAGAAUGUUUGGGAAUCCCUGGCUGUUUUAAUUGUCAUGGAACUUUAUAGCUAUGAAAGGAGACAGAGCAGGCACAAUGGAUUAGAUGAUUCCCAUCAAUUGGAACAUGGAACCCUUAAUUUCUUCAGAAGAUUGUUAAUUUGGCACAGUGACAAGAUCUUGUAUCUAUCCUUGUUCUAUGCAUUGUUAUCUCCUAUCAGUGCAUUUGGGUUUCUGUAUCUUCUUGGCCUGGUCAUCUGUUCAACUUUACCUAAAGGAUCUAGGGUUCCAUCCAAGUUGUUUUUAGUUUAUGCGGGACUCUUGGUAAUAACUGAGUAUCUUUUCCAGAUGUGGGGUAAACUGGCUGAGAUGUUUCCUGGUCAAAGGCACUCUGCUUUGUCCUUUUUUCUGGGUUUUCAGCUGUUUAAGCCUGGCUUUUGGGGUCUAGAAUCUGGAUUGAGGGGGGAAGUUCUUGUGAUAGUUGCUUGUACCCUUCAGUAUAAUGUCUUCCAUUGGUUGGAAAGGAUGCCAAGUGCUUUUGUUAAUGCAGGGAAAUGGGAAGAGCCUUGCCCACUUUUUGUCUCAAAAGAAGAUGAGCCAAUCGGCACUUCUGUAUAUGUGGAGGAAAGUAAACCAUCAUCACGUACCAGCUUACCAUCUCUGAAACAAAGGGUUACAACGAGCAACUCAUGGCCAUCUUUCAGCUCUGGUAUGCAUCACGGGCCUGCUCCUGAAACAGAACCACAAGGUAGUGGCAUCAGAAAAUAUUCCUUUGAGUAUAUCUGGGGAUGCUCUAGAGAAAGUAAUAAGUGGAAUAAGAAGCGGAUUCUUUCCCUGAGAAGGGAGAGGUUUGACAUGCAGAAGGCAACCCUAAAAAUAUAUUUGAAGUUUUGGACAGAGAAUUUAUUCAACCUCCUUGGCCUUGAGAUUAACAUGAUUGCUUUACUUCUUGCGAGCUUUGCUGUACUGAAUGCCAUCUCUGUAUUAUAUAUUGCAUCCCUUGCUGCUUGUGUCCUUUUAGACCGUCGCGUUAUCCGUAAAUUAUGGCCCAUGUUUGUCUUUUCAUCUGCUACUGUUUUGACUCUUGAGUACUUGGCUAUGUGGAAGAAUUUGGUGUCUUGGAAUGAACAUGUUCCCAGUGAGACAAAAGUGCAUUGUCAUGACUGCUGGAGUAGCUCGAAUCUUCAUUUCAACUACUGCAAAGACUGUUGGCUAGGGUUUGUUGUUGAUGAUCCUCGAAUGCUCAUCAGCUAUUAUGUGGUUUUCAUGCUUGCAUGUUUCAAACUCCGUUCUGAUCACUUAUCUGGUUACUCGGGUUCACAGUCAUACCAUCAAAUGAUAUCUCAACGUAGUAAUGCAUCAGUUUGGAGGGAUCUCUCAUUCGAAACUAAAAGCCUGUGGACAAUUCUAGACUAUCUGAGGCUUUACUGCUAUUGUCAUUUAUUGGAUCUUGUUCUUGCUCUAAUCCUAAUAACUGGAACUCUUCAGUAUGACAUUUUGCAUCUUGGUUACCUUGGUUUUGCUCUUUUAUUUUUCCGAUUGAGACUUGAAAUACUGAAGAAGAAGAAUAAAAUCUUCAAGUUCUUGCGAAUGUACAAUUUUUCUCUUAUUGUUCUUUCCUUGGCCUACCAAUCUCCAUUUCUGGGGGAUUUCAGUGCUGGGAAAUGCGAAACACUUGAUUACAUAUAUGAGGUCAUUGGAUUUUACAAAUAUGACUAUGGCUUUCGGAUAACUUCAAGAUCUGCACUGGUUGAGAUUAUUAUAUUUAUGCUGGUAACGCUGCAAUCAUACAUGUUUUCUUCCCUGGAAUUUGAUUAUGUUUCAAGAUACCUUGAAGCUGAGCAGAUUGGAGCCUUAGUCCACGAACAGGAGAAGAAAGCAGCAUGGAAGACAGCACAGUUGCAGCAUAUUCGUAAGUGUGAGGAACAAAAAUGUCAGCGCAACUUGCAAGUGGAGAAGAUGAAGUCUGAGAUGCUCAACCUACAAAUCCAGCUUCACACCAUGAACUCCACUGCAAACUAUGAGAACGCAUGUUCUGAAAGUGAAGGCCUCAGAAGAAGGAGAACUACUUCUCUAAGCUCAAAUAGAGGAAGUGCAACCCCAGAUAAAGAUGAAAGUAUUAGGAGGCAGGAUCUGGAUAACAGUACAGACUCGUUAUUCCAUGUUGAAAUGCAUGAUUCUUCCAGAAGUAUAAAAACUGAAAGUCCUUCAGCAGCUGAGUUUGCUCAUAAUUCAAUGGAUUCUCCUCCUUGUGAAAUCACUGAACUUGAAGAAAAGAGUGCUAGGACUGCAUUUUUGAAUUCAGGUGGAAGAGAGAAGGGGAAAGGCCCAGAAAAGGACAACCCAUUAAAAUCUGCAGUACAACUCAUUGGUGAUGGUGUUUCUCAAGUACAAUCAUUGGGAAAUCAGGCAGUGACCAACCUCGUGAGCUUCUUGAACAUAGACCAAGAAGAUUUGGAUUCUAAUGAUCACUAUUCCUCUGCAGAAGAUAGUCUCUAUGAUGAGAUAGAGAGCCAGAAUGUGAGGUAUGAGCGUUUGGAUCGAAUAACUUCUGUACAAUCCGGAUUUGAGAAGACCAUGCCUGAAGCUGCAAGCCUGCAAAUAGGAAGAAUCUUCCGUUACAUAUGGUCCCAGAUUCAUUCUAAUAAUGAUCUUGUGUGUUAUUGUUGCUUUAUUGUUGUCUUCCUAUGGAACUUCAGUUUUCUUUCAAUGGUCUACCUUGCAGCUCUUUUCUUAUAUGCACUAUGUAUAAGUACUGGCCCAAGUUACAUUUUUUGGGUUAUUAUGCUGAUCUACACAGAAGUCUAUAUCUUGCUUCAGUACCUGUAUCAAAUUAUUAUCCAACAUUGUGGGUUGACCAUCCAGUGGAACCUACUGCAGGAAUUAGGAUUUCCAGUUAAAAAAAAUACAUCAUCUUUUGUUGUCAGCACCUUGCCUCUGUUUUUGGUGUACUUAUUUACCCUUCUACAGAGCUCAAUAACUGCAAAAGACAGUGAAUGGGUGUCAGUUACAGAACUGAAAUCUCUUAAGUGGAGAAUUCUUCACCAGGAAGAGGUUCUUGUGAGUUCUGGUUGGAAGGGUAGAGUUCAACGGUUGCUCUUACCAGUAAAAAAUGUCAUGAGAAUGGUCAUAAGAAGUUUAUGUAGAUAUUGGAAAUCACUGACUCAAGGAACAGAAUCUCCUCCUUAUUUCGUGCAGCUUUCAAUGGAAGUUAAAUUGUGGCCAGAGGAUGGCAUUCAGCCAGAGAGUGUUGAAUCAGGAAUAAACAAGUUGCUGAAGAAUGUUCAUGACGAGAGAUGUGAGGAAAAGAAUCCUGAUACUUGCCAUUCUGCAAGCAGGGUUCGUGUUCAAAGCAUUGAAAGAAGUCAAGAAAAUCCAAACAUCGCCCUGGCUGUUUUCGAGGUGGUAUAUGCUUCCCCUUUGACAGAGUGCCAUCCAAAGGAGUGGUAUAAGUCUCUAACUCCUGCAUCCGAUGUAGCAAAGGAAAUUAUUACAGCUCAACGUCAAGGGCUUGUUGAGGGUAUAGGAUUUCCUUACCCUAUACUCUCCGUGAUUGGGGGUGGAAAAAGAGAAAUCGAUCUCUAUGCCUACAUAUUUGGUGCAGAUUUGGCAGUCUUCUUUUUGGUUGCCAUAUUCUAUCAAUCUGUCAUAAAAAAUAACAGCCAAUUUCUUGAGGUGUAUCAGCUUGAGGAUCAAUUCCCAAAAGAGUUUGUAUUUAUCUUGAUGAUUCUAUUUUUCUUGAUUGUGCUUGAUCGCAUUAUUUACCUCUGUUCAUUUGCAACGGGAAAAGUUUUAUUCUAUCUUUCCAACCUCAUCCUAUUUACAUACUCGGUCACAGAAUAUGCUUGGUACAUGGAGCCUUCACACCGACGUGCUGGAGGAUUAGCACUUCGUGCUAUCUAUUUCACAAAGGCAGUUUCUCUGGCACUACAGGCCAUACAAAUCCGAUAUGGAAUUGCUCAUAAAAGCACUUUAUAUCGGCAGUUCUUGACAAGUAAAGUUUCACAGGUUUACUACUUGGGCUUUCGACUUUACCGUGCGCUGCCUUUCCUAUAUGAGUUGCGAUGUGUACUUGAUUGGUCAUGCACAACCACAUCUCUGACAAUGUAUGACUGGUUGAAGUUGGAGGAUAUUCAUUCAAGCCUGUAUCUUGUCAAAUGUGAUGCGGAUUUGAAUAGAGCUAAACAUCAGCAAGGACAGAAGCAAACAAAAAUGACUAAAUUUUGCAAUGGGAUAUGUCUGUUCUUGAUAUUAAUCUGUGUUAUCUGGGCACCUAUGCUGAUGUACAGCAGUGGUAACCCAACAAAUAUUGCAAACCCUAUUAAAGAUGCAAGUGUUCAGAUUGACAUUAAGACAGCUGGUGGAAGAUUGACCUUGUACCAAACAACCCUUUGUGAAAGACUCCCAUGGGACAACCUACAUGUUGAUGUUAAUCUAGAUCCUCAAGGUUAUUUGGAUUCGUACGACGUGAAUGACAUCCAACUGAUAUGCUGCCAAGAUGAUGCAAGUACCUUGUGGCUUGUUCCCUCUGUGGUUCAGGCCAAAUUUGUUCAGUCUCUCGACUUGUACAUGGAUAUUACAUUUUCCUGGGUAUUUACGAGGGAUAGACCAAAAGGGAAGGAAGUUGUGAAGCAUGAAUUUAGUGUUCCAAAAGAGGAUCUCCCAAACCCAUCGGAAAUUAAGGAAGUACUCAACGGUAUCACUGACAGUUUUAGGAUAUCUAAUGUUUAUCCAAAAUAUCUUCGGGUGACUGGUUCUGCCGAAGUACGGAAUUUAGAACAGAUCAAUGAAUCGGUCAGUGGAGAUCUUUUCGUGAAUAGUGGGAGUCCCAAAUGGUGGUCUUUCCAUGAUAUUGAUGCAUCAGAGUUGAAUGGAUGUGGAGGAUUGCGAGGACCCAUGGCAGUCAUUGUUUCUGAGGAAAUACCACAGGGUAUUCUCGGCGAAACUCUUAGCAAGUUCAGUAUAUGGGGUCUCUACAUUACCUUCGUGCUGGCAGUUGGUCGGUUCAUCAGGAUUCAAUGCUCUAACCUGCGAAUGAGAAUACCUUUUGAGAACCUCCCUUCCUGUGAGAGAUUGCUAGCAAUCUGUGAGGAUAUCUAUGCUGCAAGAGCAGAGGGCGAACUUGAGGUUGAGGAGGUUCUUUACUGGACACUUGUGAAGAUAUACAGGUCACCACAUAUGCUUCUUGAGUACACCAAGCCUGAUUAGAUUCUGAAUACAAUGGAUCUCCAGAUGCAACUUAUUGGGCUCUGAUGCUGACAAUAGUUUGAUUAACAUCCACGAAAUAGAAUGGUGACAUACAGGGAAAUCCAUCACGAGGAGACCCAAGAAGUCCUGAUUGAAGGUUUAAGGAUUAAUGUGAUUGUCACACACCCAAGGUGGCGAAGCCUGCCUUGAUGUGCGAAAAAAGGGCAUACCACCAGUGCACGAGGCUCCCGCCACUGCAGGGUCUGGUGAGGAUCAUACUGGAUCCAAUGCAUGAGGCUCAUGCCUCAACAUGUAUAAUUAACAAAAGGUCUUCCAUGUUUAGAUGAUUGCAGGCUUUCAUCUGAGGAUGUCCUGCCCAGCUCUGCAAUUUUCUUACGAGUAAAUGGAAAUGAUUUGUUUCAUAUUAAAUUUAUUUAUUUUUCCUCCUUUGAAGCAAUAUGGUGGGCUGUUGAUAAUCCAGGCUUCAUUUGAGGAUGUCCUGGCCGACUUUGUAAUUAUCUUGCUAGUUAAUGAAAAUAAUUUCUUCAUAAUGAAA